AUGUAGUCUACAUGGGCUCUAAUCCGUCAAAAAGUGACGUGAAUUCCCUCAAAGCAACUUCUUCUGUGUACCUUGGAAUGCUUAAAUCUGUACAUGGAAGCUACGAGGAAGCAAAGAAGUCUUUGAGGGUUAGUUAUGGGAAGAGCUUUCGUGGGUUUGCAGCAAUGCUUUCUCCGUCCUAUGUCCAAAGACUAUCAGAUAUGCAUGGCGUGGUUUCGGUGUUUGAGAGCAAGAAUCUGCAACCCUUGACUACUAGAUCGUGGGAUUUCAUCGGUUUCCCUGCAUCUGCUCAAACAAAUCAUUUGGAUUAUCAGAGCGACAUCAUCAUUGGUCUUGUGGACUCAGGAAUAUGGCCAGAAUCAGAGAGUUUUAUAGACAAGGGAAUAGGUCCUAUUCCUUCCAAAUGGAGGGGUGGCUGCAACACAACAUCAGGUUUUCCUGCUUGCAAUAGGAAACUUGUAGGAGCAAAGUUCUAUCGUAGUUCCCUCAGAGAACUACCUACAGGGGAAUACCUUUCUCCAAGAGAUUCAGCAGGCCAUGGAACACACACCUCCUCUACAGCUGCUGGGAAUUUUAUAAAAAAUGCAAGUCUUUAUGGUAUUGCUCAAGGGGAAAGUCGAGGUGGAGUCCCUGGUGCAAGGGUUGCAAUGUACAAGGCUUGUUGGUCUUACAGGUGUAAUGAUGCAGAUAUUCUUGCAGCCAUUGAUGAUGCCAUAUAUGAUGGUGUGGACAUUCUUUCUGUGUCAAUUGGAUUUAUUUUUCCUCGGCCCUACUUUCAAGAUAGCAUUGCCAUUGGAGCAUUUCAUGCAAUGAAGAGGGGAAUUCUCUUAGCAAAUUCUGCUGGAAAUUCUGGACCUGAUAUACCAUCUGUUAUAAAUAAUGCUCCUUGGUCUCUAACUGUGGCAGCAAGUAGCAUCGAUCGCAAGAUGAAGACUCAAAUUCUUUUAGGAAACAAGAUUUCGAUUAUGGGGAUUGCUAUAAACACGUACACGAUGGAGAAACAAUGGUAUCCUUUAGUAUAUGGAGGGGACGUUGCUAAUGUUUCUGGGGGCUUCACUUCAGCUAACUCUAGUUAUUGUCAAUACAGUUCUCUGGAUCACAAGAAAGUGAAAGGAAAGAUUGUCAUUUGCAAUACAGAUUAUUUGGAUUCUCCAGAUCAUUCAGUUUAUCUUGCUGAUGGUGUGGGUGCUAUUUUAAUUAGUGAUGCAAGUCCUAAUGAGGCUUCAACAUUUUUAAACCCCGCAUCAUCGAUAACUAGUAAACAGGCAAAAAUUGUGCUGUCUUACGUAAAUUCAACGAGGUCUCCAGUUGCAAAAAUUAAAAAAACUGCUAAUUCCAAUGGAGUUGCACCAAUUGUGGCUUCAUUCUCAUCGCGGGGUUACAAUCCAUUCACAUUGGAUAUUCUCAAGCCGGACAUCACUGCACCAGGUUUGGAAAUCCUAGCAUCUUUCAUACCAAAUAUUUCAAUUUCUGGCUGGCCAGAAGACAAAAGGCGUUCCAACUUCAACAUAAUGUCAGGUACAUCCAUGUCAUGCCCUCAUGCUGCAGGAGUUGCAGGGUUUGUUAAGUCUUAUCAUCAGGAUUGGUCCCCUGCUGCUAUAAAAUCAGCUCUCAUGACUACAGCAUUUGAAUUGGAUUCAAAUUUGCCAGGGAAUAGGGAUGCAGAAUUUGGUUAUGGGGCUGGGCAGAUCAAUCCAAUGAAGGCAAUCGAUCCAGGGCUUGUUUAUGAUGCAGGUGUAAAUGAUUACAUGAAAAUGCUUUGUAUGGAUGAAGCAUACAAUGAUACCACUUUGCGUUUGGUGACAGGAGACUAUAGCAGCUGUGCUAAUAUAACAAAAGUUAAAAAUGGAGCACGAGAGCUAAACUACCCUUCAAUAAUGGUUUUUACUGCUCCAGGAAGAUCAUUUCAAGCUGAAUUCCUGAGAACUGUUACAAAUGUAGGAGUUGCAAAAAGUACGUACAGGGCUAUUGUUACUUCACAUUCUGGAAUCAAAGUGAUGGUUGAACCAAACAUAUUAUCAUUUUCAUCGCUAAACCAAAAAUUAUCAUAUGUUGUUACAGUUAAAGGUGGAUCUCUAGUUAACAACACAUUGCUUUCAGGUGCCUUAUCAUGGAGCUAUGCAAAAUACACUGUGAGAAGCCCAAUAAGUGUUUUUGCUAACUCAAUGUAGCUUGUGAUUUGAAGUCCAAUACUUCAUAUUA